GAGCGCGUGAAGAUUCUGUACAACCCAAAAACACCACCGCCAGCAACAGCAAUAGCAACAGCAAGACACCAAGGAAAAGAGAGAGAGAGAAAGCGUGAGAGAGCCCGCCACUCACAGCUCAUUUUCGUUUGCCGUCUCUCUGGCACUUUCCAGUGUAACUGAAAGCCACUUUUAUUGGCUGCCACUAACUAGGCGUGUUUUUAAUCUACCGUGCAAUGCUUGGGGAAGAUUUAUCUUCAGAUAACUAUUCACCAUCAUGAUAAGGUGAUAACAGAGUGGUGGGCUUACAAUUUUUUGAAGAGCAGCAGUUGAGUUAGAGCAUAGAGACUUGUGCUGAGGGGGUUGGUGAAUGAACUAGUCUUGAUGGGGACGCCGAUUUACUUUGUUGUCAUUGCAUUCCCUUGCACUGUUGUAGCCAUUGCCUUGGCUAUUUUACAUAUCUACAGGCACCUAUUGAAUUAUACUGAACCUACUUAUCAGCGAUACAUUGUCCGCAUCAUAUUUAUGGUUCCAGUUUAUGCGCUAAUGUCUUUCUUGUCUCUCAUCUUACGUGACAGCUCAAUCUAUUUUAAUUCCAUUCGGGAAGUCUAUGAAGCUUGGGUCAUCUAUAAUUUUCUGUCAUUGUGCCUGGCAUGGGUGGGUGGACCAGGAGCAGUUGUGUUAAGUUUAAGUGGCCGGAAUCUGAAGCCAGCAUGGUGUCUGAUGACAUGUUGCUUCCCUCCGCUACCGUUGGAUGGGCGUUUUAUUCGAAGGUGCAAGCAAGGGUGUUUGCAGUUUGUGAUCUUGAAGCCUAUCUUAGUCGCUGUUACAUUCGUACUUUAUGCAAAAGGAAAAUAUGAAGAUGGAAACUUCAGUGCGAAUCAAGCCUACCUGUAUCUCACCAUCAUCUAUACAUUCUCAUACUCAUUGGCACUCUACGCGUUGGCUUUGUUUUAUGUGGCUUGCAGGGAUCUGCUUAAACCUUUCAAUCCGGUUCCUAAAUUUAUCAUAAUCAAGUCUGUCGUUUUUCUGACUUAUUGGCAGGGUGUUCUAGUUUUUCUUGCUGCAAAGUCAGGAUUCAUAAAGGAUGCAGAAGAAGCUGCUGAAUUCCAGAACUUCAUAAUAUGCGUUGAGAUGCUCAUUGCAGCCGUGGGUCAUCUCUAUGCAUUUCCCUACAAAGAGUAUGCUGGUGCAAAUAUUGGAGUUUCUCGUGGUUUAACUGGAAGCCUUGCCCAUGCAGUAAAAUUGAACGACUUCUACCAUGACACGGUUCACCAGUUUGCACCAACUUAUCAUGACUAUGUACUCUACAACCAUAAUGAGGGUGAUGAAGGAACAAGGAAAUACAGGUCGCGUACUUUUGUGCCAACUGGCCCUGAGAUGGAUGCGGUAAGGAAAAACAAGCAUAUGCUUGGAAACAAACUGGAUGACAUACAACUCUCCAGCGUCUCGUCUUCUGGUACAAGCAGUCCCAAGCAGUCCAGCACUGCUCAAGAUCCCCAAAACCCAGAGACCAUGAAAUCUUCCCUGCUCAUGGAAACCUCCAAUUCUUACAACGUGCCGUAUGACAUGUCUCUCAUCGACAUGGACUUGUCCAGCUACCCUUCAAAGGUUCCUGCAGCAAAUGCAGGUGGGACAAGGUGACAAGAAACAUAAAAAAUCUGGGUAGGCAGAUAAGGGGAGUAUCACUACACGUGAAACUGAAAAAAUAGAGAAAAAGAGGGUUGUCAUGUUGUUAUCCCUGCAUAGAAGCAACCUUGUAUACUGAUAUUGUUUGGUGGUGUUGCUAUGAAUAUACUCUCUACUCUCUCAAAGUGUAUGAAGUCACUGAUACUAGGGUCUUAGGCUCUUUCUCCCUCAAGUGUCCACUCGAUUAGGGUUUUUCUACAAAUGGGCAAAUGGGGUUCCCUCACCCCCAACACAAGUGGAAGAAAAGAGAGAAAGUUGUCAUGUUGUGUUGUCAUCUGCACUGUAGCUUUAUACUGUCUGUCUCAUUUUUUGAGGAUCACCUUAUCAAACAUGGAAAUUCGGGUUUGUAAUUGAAAGAUAAGGUUUUAUUGGUAGACAUUAUUCUAUAUAUUACCAUUUCCCCCCCUUCUUUUUUCCA